AUGGAUCUAGACUUGGCAUUAAGGAUAGACCAACCCCCUUCUCCUACGCAAGAAAGCACUGCAGAUGAAAAACAGUUGUUUGAGAAGUGGGAUAGGUCUAAUUGCCUUAGUCUAAUGAUCAUAAAGAAAAGCAUUCUAGAAAUCUUUAGGGCCACGAUAUCUGAUGAUAUCAUUACUUCUAGUGAUUUCCUUGUCGAAAUUGAGAAACGCUUUACCAAAAGCGAUAAGGCGGAAAUGAGUACUCUUCUGAAGAGUCUCAUUACCAUGAGGUAUAACGGCAAAGGAAAUAUAAGGGAAUACAACCUGAAUAUGUCUAAUACUGCUUCUCAGUUGAGAGCACUUAAGUUAGACCUUUCAGAGGACAUGUUAGUCCUAUUGGUUUUGCUCUCAUUUCCUACUCAAUACGAUCAAUUUAAAGUCAGUUAUAACUGUCAAAAGGAGAAGUGGACUCUUAAUGAGCUCAUAUCUCACUGUGUUGAGGAAGAAGAAAGGAUGAAGCCUAAUAAGACUGAAGAGGUACAUGUGGUUGAUACCUCAAAGGAUGCAGGCGGCAAGAAGAGAAAAUAUAAGGCCGUUAAGGUUGAGACAGCUAAGGCUCAUGUUCCAGCUCCAGCUCCUCGGGCUCGUCCUGAAAAGACUUGCUUCUUUUGCAAGAAACCUGGACAUGAGAAGAAGAAUUGUACUAAGUUUCACGAUUGGCUCGUGAAGAAGGGGUUGCCUGAGCUACCGAAACAACUGAUGCUGAAAGAUGCAUUUACUUUGGAAAUGGGGAUUCAGUAG